GAGCUCUCUUGUCACGACUAAUUUUUCUUUUAAAAGUUUUAAUUGUCCCAAAAAGGACACCUCCUCCAUUUCACACACCCACCACCCCUUCUCUCUCUAAAACAGCAUCUUAGAGGGUGGCGACGCAAUUCCACCACCUUUCUCGCUCCUCACUCUCCUCCUCUAUCUCUAGUGAGGGAGAGAGAGAUAGAGAUCGAUGACGGUGCCGGGGCCGCAGGGAUCGCGGGGCGCCGCCGCCGCGGCGGCGGGGGCGGGGCCGCGGCGAGGUGCGGCGGGGGCGGGGGCGGGGACGGGGGUUAGGGUUAAGGUUAGGGUUCCGCUGCGGCGGGUGGCGCGGGCGGCGGCGGUGGCGUGCGGGGUGCAGUUCGGGUGGGCGCUGCAGCUGUCGCUGCUGACGCCGUACGUGCAGGAGCUGGGGGUGGCGCACGCGUGGGCGAGCCUGGUGUGGCUGUGCGGGCCGCUCUCGGGGCUCCUGGUGCAGCCCCUCGUCGGCCACCUCAGCGACCGCCUCGGCCGCCGCCGCAGCCCCUUCAUCGUCGGGGGCGCCGCCACCAUCGCCUUCGCCGUGAUCACCGUCGGCUUCUCCGCCGACAUCGGCCUCGCCCUCGGCGACCCCCCCGCCGCCACCGCCGCCCCCCGCCCCCGCGCCGUCGCCGUCUACGUGGUCGGCUUCUGGCUCCUCGACGUCGGCAACAACGCCACCCAGGGCCCCACCAGGGCCCUCCUCGCCGAUCUCACCGGAAAGGAUCAAAGGCGAAAUCGAAUAGCUAAUGCCUAUUUUUCACUCUUCAUGGCACUGGGGAAUGUACUAGGCUUUGCUACCGGAUCAUACAGUGGCUGGUUCACUAUAUUCCCCUUCACAGUGACCUCGGCUUGUACCAUAAAUUGUGCCAAUCUCAAGUCAGCUUUUCUCUUGCAUGUAAUCCUCCUUGCUAUAACUACUUACAUUAGCAUUUCCUCAAUACAAGGAGUUACUCUACCAGAAGAAGAAGAACAGCAAAAUCAUAGCGAGGAGGCAUUUCUUUGGGAAUUAAUGGGCGCUUUUAGGUAUUUGACAUGGCCGGUUUGGAUAGUUCUCAUUGUUACUGCACUCACAUGGAUAGGAUGGUUCCCUUUCUUUCUGUUUGACACUGAUUGGAUGGGCCGUGAGAUAUAUCGAGGAAAGCCUGACGAGGGGCAAAAUUAUCACAGUGGGGUAAGAAUGGGGGCUUUUGGUUUGAUGCUGAACUCAGUUGUUCUCGGAUUUAGUUCAGUCAUGUUAGAAAGGCUAUGCAAGAAGUGGGGAUCUGGCCUUGUGUGGGGGGUUGCGAACAUCAUCAUGUCUCUGUGCUUUCUAGCAAUGCUUGUAAUUUCUCUUGUGGCGAAAAGUAUAGAUUACCAACCUAGUGGGCUUCCGCCAGAUGGCAUUGUUGUUGCUGCACUAAUAGUUUUUGCAAUUCUUGGAGCGCCUUUGGCGAUCACCUAUAGCAUUCCCUAUGCAAUGGUCACUACUCGUGUGGAGCCCUUAAGACUUGGCCAAGGAUUGGCAAUGGGCAUAUUAAACUUAGCGAUUGUCAUUCCGCAGGUAAUUGUGUCGUUGGGGAGUGGUCCGUGGGAUCAAUUAUUUGGAGGUGGAAAUUUGCCAGCCUUCGCUGUAGCAACAGCUGCAGCUUUUCUCAGUGGUCUUGUGGCAAUUAUCGGCAUCCCUCGAUCUCAUAUCACAAGGGCAAGGGGUCACAGAUAAGUGUUCUAUUUAUUUUUAAUCAUUUGUGAUUCUUCUCAUACAUGUUGCUAUAUAAUAGCUAGUACGAUCAACCAGGAAAAAAAAUACUUGUAAAUUUUAUUGGUUUUUGUAGGGUUACUAGAUUUUUAUUGCUCUCAUCUGUUAUGAAUUUUUUAUUCCCUAUCUUUUACUGUCUCUGUGGUAGCUUUUUAA